AUUCCCAGGUCUGAGAUGUGAUACCUUUGAAUCAAAUAUGUCUUGUGUGUUCUUGGGUAUUGUGUUUUGAGAGGUGAGCACACUUACUAAUGGAGAUGUUUAAACGAAUGCUAAUUCAAUGUUGUUAACAUCACCAGCCCCCAGUGUUUCGGUAUAAACGUGGCUAAUGUUUCAGACUUAUGUUAACAACAUAAUGAUGGAGCAACAGAUAUUCUUUACUGUUUUUUUUUAUUACAACUCCCCUUGUGCUGCGAAAAUAGACCAACAUAGUUCACAAAGACUGUUUGCCAUUCAAUUCGUCACUGAUCAAACAACGUUAACGGAGCAUGGAAUCCCUGGGUAUAAAAACGGUAAAAAUAGAAUCUAUAACGUAUGGCUGUACCCCUUGUGAUCACUCCAGGUUAUGUGAGUACUGAAGGUUAAAACGCCUCCUACAGCUGUCAGGACAGGACCAACACAGAAUUUUUGGUAGGACCAUUGAGAACCAAAAAUGUCUGCCAAUGCCGUAUAUGAUAUCUCCGUGAAGACAGGGGAUAAGAAGAACGCAGGCACCGACGCAAACGUAGAGAUUUGUCUUCAUUGUGACGAUGGAAACAAAACAGAUACAUACAACUUGGAUAAAUUUUUCAGAAACGACUUCGAACGGGGACAAAUAGAUUCGUUCACCGUGACAGGAUGUAGGCUGAACAAAGUGAACUAUAUAGAAUUAUGGCGAGACACGGGAGGCAUCUUGGAUGACUGGUACGUGGACGUAAUUGAGGUAGUUUGUUCCAAACAGAUCUUCGUGUUUCCAUUUUUCAGAUGGAUCAAACCCAACUACCACUACAAAGUGCGCCAUCUUGAUACGUCACUUCCGGCUGAUGACCCUUUCAAGGAGCAGAGGGAGAUGGAGCUAAAGGACGCACGAAAACAGUACGAGCUGACGGUAAAGGCACCAGGGCUUCCUCCACAGGUGAAGAACCUGCCUGAAGAUGAACAGUUUUCUUUCGAUUACAUGUGGGAUAUCGGGAAGAGGAAGGCACAGGCUAUCCUUACGAGCAAAAUUAUCAAGCUUACCAGUGAUAACUGGAGGGACCUGGAUGAUCUGAAGAACGUUUACACCAAAGAAGUGUUUGUUAUUCCCGACAGUGUGGCGAAUUGGACAGAGGAUGAAUAUUUUGGCAACCAAAGAAUAGCCAAGAUAAACAAUUGCGUUAUAGAGUUGUGUACUGCCGUCCCAAAAAAAAUGGGCGUUACAGACGAUAUGGUAAAACAAAGCUUAGAGGGAUUAACCUUAGCAUCAGCUAUACAAGCCAAACGUUUGUUCCUCGUUGAUUAUGAAAUCUUGGAUGGUCUUCCUUGCGGGAGAGAAGAUAAAGUGGUAUGCGCUCCAAUAGCCCUUUUCUUCCUGAAUGGAAAACAGAAGUUGAUGCCGAUAGCUAUACAGCUAUUUCAGAAACCAGGAAAAGACAACCCUGUGUUCCUUCCCACGGAUCCCGAAUACACUUGGCUCACAGCCAAACUGUGGUUCAAUCAUGCAGACAGCAGCUAUCACCAGUCCUUCACCCAUUUAGGGGGAACUCAUCUGAAAAUGGAAGGCGUUGCAGUUUUAACUCACAGGAAUCUGUCUCCGUCUCAUCCGGUUUUCAAGUUACUGGCCCCUCACUUCCUCUACCUGCUGGCUUUAAAUACACGUGCUCUGGCCAAUCUUGUGUGUCCUGGUGGCUGGGCGGACAGGGCCAUGUCCUCCGGAAUUAAGGGCAUGUUUGAAAUCAUUCGGCGAAAAAAUCUUCAGUGGAGGUUGGAUGUAGACGGUUCGCUGCCAAAGGACCUGGAAAGAAGAGGGUUAUUGGGAGACAAUGUGUUACCAGGAUACUACUUUCGGGAUGACGCACUGCCUGUGUACAACGCAAUAUUCAACUUUGUUGUAAAAUACGUGAAAUUAUAUUAUGAUACUACGGCCAAGCUUGUAGGCGACACCGAGAUUCAGGACUGGGCAGCGGAAACGGUUUUGUCCAAAGAAAAAGGAGGCCUGGGCAUGCGUGGAGUUCCGGGGAAUGGAACAAUCACCACGAUUGACCAGCUAGCUACAAUUCUUACCAGCCAUAUUUACACGUGCAGCGUUGCUCAUGCUGCAUCCAAUUUCCCACAGUAUGACCAGUACGGGUUUCCUCCAGCCUACCCGGCUUCUAUGAGGGGAGAACCACCCACAGACAAGAAGGCCCUGACAGAGACAGCGGUGUUGGUAGCGCUCCCUGACAAAGCGACCACACUCGACAUGAUGGUUGUCACCUAUAUCCUGAGCGAGAGGACAACUAACUGUCUGGGGAACUUCGAGGUGCAAUACGUGUACGACCCCCCGGCUGUAGCCAUCAUUGAUGAAUUUAAAAAUGAGCUGAAGGUUAUAUCUCGUCAAAUCAGGGAAAAGAACAAGACUAGGGAUCCUCCGUACCCGUGGUUAGAUCCGGAAGAGAUACCAAAUGCCAUCAGCAUUUAAAUGCUUUCAACUGAGUUUCUUUUAUUGCACGAGUCAUGACUCAACAAACAGCUGAAGUGUGCUGCACAAGUCGUGUGUAAUUUUGUCCACGGACAUGUACCUGAGCUACAAGGGGGGGUAUCUUCAUUAUCCAUGCAUGCUGAACUACGGGUUAAACCAUAACUUGAUGACAUCUAUUUAUAUUUAUAUUCACCUUUUUAUCAAAGUCUACACACUAAAACCUUGAUAUAACGCAUUCUGUCUUAUUUGACAAGUUCCUUACCGAAAAUAUAUUUCAAUAUUUUAACAUAUUUCUUUCUUAGCAAUUAUUUAUUCUCCCUCAAAGUAGCGUCAAGCCCUUUAUAAUUCAAAAUCUGUGUUGGACAAAUGGCGACAGUUUAACGAGGUUUUACUGUGCUGUUUACCGGUCCCAGAUGUUUUGUAAAUAUAAUAUUUAUUUUGUUUACAUUGUAAUGAAUUCUCCAAUGUUCAUGAUAAUAUGAUAAUAUUAAGAAUUGUUACCAAUAUGUCAAAAUCGAUCUCAGGCUUAUAAACCUGUCCUUACACGUGCAAUUGAUAAGCAAUAUAUUUUGUUAUCAUCAUAACUAUCAUCAGACAUCCAGAUUAUCUUGCCAAUGUCUCUUAUGAAUCUGUGAAUGUACAAGUGUAUGCAAUACAGGUACAUUUUUUGUGCGUUCUAUUUGUCAUUGUACGUAAAUGGUAUGUUCCAGGAAGUUUUAAAUAUAUAUUUGUGAACCAAGCAUGAUCUAAUUUGCUUAUUAUUUCUCUUUGUCUCCUUGAUUUUUCUCCAUUUUUGAUAUGUUUUAUAUAAACUUUGUGUUCACAAUUCUGUCAAAAUUAUGAUAAAAACACGAAUGAAUAUUUAUCCAUCUAUGAAGUGAUUUAGAUACCUUGGUACGAACGCGUACCAAAACUACAUCUUAGUUUCUAAACAUUGUUAAUAAUUCCAAGCUCGGGGGUUGAUUUAAAACAUACUACUAUGUAGAUCACUCUGUCAAUAAUAAGUGACUUUUAACUUCAUAAUGAUAACCGAUGCUGUCUAUGUUAGAGAAUGGGCCAACAGAAAAACGUUAAGACUGGACACACAAUCACACAAUGUCCGAAGGCGGCCAGACACAUUUGAAGUAGUUAAACUGCCUCCUGUUUAACGAUAAUGUUGUGCAUGGUCACAUACGAAGCAUGUUCGCUUCUUAUCCUUACUGUGGUUAAAUUUUGUAUGACAAUAUUUAAGGUUUGUGUUUGUACUGGAUAGACGACUAAACAUAUUUGAAGUAUCACUAGUAUGUUUACCUAUUAACGGUACACUGUAGCAUUUAUGUUUUAUGGCCAUUGAGAGCUUAUAACUUAGACAGUUUAACACGACCUGAAAAAUGCAUUAACUAUGUAAUAUAAAAGUGUACCAAACGGUACAGAGACGAAGUAUUAUAUUCUUCAA